GAGAUCUUUGUCGCCAUCGCAAUAGUUUAGGUAACAAAGGUCCUCCCUUUUUCUCCGCUAUUAAUCUAUUAUGCAUAUAUACAUAGAUACAUGCAUGCACCACCAAGUCUAUUGAUGAUGAUGAUUGUUUGAUGCUGCGGUCACCAUGCCUUCUCACCGGCGGCGACACCACCACUUCCACCACAGUUACCAUCAAAAUUACAAUCACAAUCACAAUAACAACUUCUUUCCUUUUAUUAUUCCGGCAUCUAUUUUUUCGGGCGUCAUCCUCCUCCUCUUCUUUUUCCUUUCUUUUCAUGCUCAUUUUCCUAUCAUCACCGAUCACCUACCCCGCCCCCAUUUCUCGUUGCGUUAUGGUGCCACUGCUGAUGGUGGUAAAUCUCGUUUUGUGGAUAAUGACGAUGAGGAAGCGACUGGCCGUGAUAUUUGGGGAUCAGGGUUGUCCAAACACUUCUAUGGAUGUAGCAAUGCCAGCAAUCACUUUGCAAAAGCUGAAGAAAUCACAGAGGAGAAUCGGUACGUGUGCAUUGCAACCAGUGGUGGUUUAAACCAACAAAGAACCGGGAUUACAGAUGCUGUUGUUGCUGCUCGCAUAUUGAAUGCUACUCUUGUUGUUCCUAUGCUGGACACACGUUCAUUUUGGAAGGAUUCUAGUAACUUCUCGCAGAUAUUUGAUGUUGAUUGGUUCAUAUCUUACUUAGCUAAUGAUGUUAGAAUCAUAAAAGAAUUACCACUUAAGGAAGGGGAGACAUGGGAUCCAUACCACAUGCGCGUUCCAAGAAAGUGUACCGAGAGUUGCUAUGUAGAUCGUGUUCUACCCCAACUUCUUAAAAGACAUGCUGUUCUGCUCACCAAGUUUGACUACAGACUCUCUAAUAGGUUGGAGACAGAUUUGCAGAAACUCAGAUGCAGAGUAAAUUACCACGCCUUGAAGUACACUGAUCCUAUAAUUAAAAUGGGUGAGAAAUUGGUCAUGAGAAUGAGGUCUAUGAACACACAUUACAUUGCCCUUCACCUGAGGUUUGAACCUGAUAUGCUUGCAUUCUCAGGUUGCUACUAUGGUGGAGGAGAGAGGGAGAGAAAUGAACUGGGCAAAAUACGUAGAAGGUGGAAAACAUUGCACAUUAGAGACCCAGAUAAGGUCAGAAGGCUAGGGAGAUGCCCACUUACUCCUGAAGAAGUAGGUCUGAUGUUGAGAGCACUGGGUUACGGUAAAGAUGUUCAUGUUUAUGUUGCUUCAGGCGAAGUAUAUCGAGGAGAAGAGACAUUGGCUCCCCUGAAGGCACUCUUCCCAAAUUUUCAUUCAAAAUACACCAUAACCAGCAAGGAAGAGUUGGAACCAUUUGCUCCGUUCUCUUCUCGCAUGGCUGCACUGGAUUAUAUAGUAUGUGAUGAAAGCAACGUAUUCGUUACCAAUAACAAUGGCAAUAUGGCUAAAAUUUUAGCUGGAAGGAGGCGAUAUUUUGGGCAUAAACCUACCAUUCGUCCGAAUAACAGAAAACUCUCCAUGUUGUUUAUGAACCGUGAGAACAUGACUUGGGAUGAAUUUGCUUCUGCAGUUCGUAAGUGUCAAAAAGGAUUUAUGGGGGAACCCAAGGAACUGAGUCCAGGCAAGGGCGAGUUUCAUGAGAACCCUUCUGCCUGUAUAUGUGAAGAUUUUACAGGCAAAGAAGUGGCUGAGUCAAAUCUGCGUAAAUUUGGCAUGGGUAAGAGCUCAACAUGGGCAGAUUUGAAUGCCACAGUUGAUGACGAAAGUAAUGACAAUGAGACAGAUCUGCCUGAUCAGGAAGAAGUAGAAGAUGAUACCAGUGGCUCUCAAGAAAAUAGUCAGUUAAACAAAACACAAACUGAUAUUAAUGCUUCCACAGUUGCAGAGCCAGAGUUGGAACAUAUGCUUUCAGAUUAAUCACUGAAACUUUUCUUCUGAAAUUCAACCUGUUGCAAUAUUUUUAACCAGUAUUACAAGGGUAAGUAGUUGUCUUCAUUUAUCUGGUAUCAUUGCUUUGUCCUGCUGAAUGACCAAGUGAAGAUGAAAAAGCUGCCGUGGAGUACUGAAAUACAGAAACCAGUCACUCGAUGAGAAUGCAAUGUAAAUACAUACAGGGAGCUGCUGCUUCCAUUUCUCAGCAAGAAGAUUCUUGGUUCAUCUAUACACAGUUCACCUAUACUUUGAGUUAGACAAACCAUGUAGACGAUUUUGUACAGAAGCUCGUAGCUAAAUUCCUAGGCUGCAGACAGUGAGAAACAAACUGCUGCAAAUGUAGUUUCCUUGUCUAUGUUAAACCAAGUGUAAAUUGUUUGCAAGGCAGAUCAAAAACACUAUAAGUUGUAACUUCAUCAUUUUACUGUAAUACACAAGUUAACCAUAGGCCAGUAUCUCUUAU